ACUUUUGUUUCAACCAUCAUCACCAGAAGAAUUUCAGCCUCGUCUGCACUAAACAGGUCCUCCAACAGACCUCAACCAGUGUUUCGGCACAUUCGCGUUUACAGUGUCGAUUCCGACGACUCGUUUUACUCUUCUCUCCGCAAAACAAUGUGCUGACUUACCACGAUCGCUCUUCCUUUCCCUUUCUUGAGUCGCAAACAUGGCUACGCCGGUUGCGCGACGGGCGCCUUAUAAAGAUUUCCUUCAACCCGCUUUACAGAGACGUUUCGCCGGCACUGCCACAAUCUUACUCGGCCUCGCCUAUUUCGAGUCUUUGACUUUAUCCCGAUGGAACUCUCUCAUCUUACCAUGGUUUCCCUUGGGCCCCUCAGGUCCACGGGCCUUGGCUCUCUUCAUCUGUGUCCUCCCCAUUAUCAUACUACGAAUCGCCAACGCUCACAUGGGCAUUCGGACUUCCAACUCUCUCUUUGACACUCUCUUCCACACCGUGCUGCGACCUUCGACCAUUGAGACCGUCCUCACCUACAUCAUCUCCGCCUUUCUCUUCAGUCAGGUAUAUCUCAUGUCUACCCCAGAAGAGGCUGGUAUUCGCUGGAUUUCUCAAGCAACCGGUCGUUCGCGCCUCAACGAACAUGCGUUGUUCUAUACUGUCAAUUUGUUGGUUCUUGGUCUUGUCCAAGGUAUUACUCACACAGCGUUGGAUAUGGAUCGCCUAGUUCUAGGAGUUGUGGAGGGUACACGUGGCGGGAACGCUGGCAAUGCUCCUGACGCCAACGGAAAUGGCACAGAUAGCGAGGGUGAUGCGGCCAGGCCAUCGGACACGGAGAAUUGGGCGGCUAAGAUAGGCGAGCGGACUCCCGUUCUGCUUGUGCGAUGUGGCAUGCUGGCUAUCACCGUUGCCAUGGUCAACUACACUGUCCUUUAUUACUUUAUUAGGAUCCCCGCAUGGCGCUCGGCCAUGGGAUUCUUCCGCUUUUUCUAUAAAGAUCUUCCAAAGUACAAUUUCCCCGUCACAGGCGCACCUUGGAGCGUUUGGAUGCUAGGACGAACCACAUGGGCUUCAUUCCUUUUGAGCCUUCUCUGGUACUUUGGCGAGAUCGCCUUCCGGGUGCAGCUAUCACGUGAACCGCUCAAGAGGGGACAACCAUUAUCGUCUGAGUCUAAAGAUCCAAGCGGCAGUUUGUUAAACGGGCUUAAGAGCAAGAAGCCCAGGAUAUUUGCUUUUGCCAUGUGGGAACUCGCCUUCAUUGCACGAGACUACGCAGCAAGACGGCAAGCCAUCUUUGAGGACAUUGACCGAAAAGACGGGCCAAUGUGGUCUCAAAUCUAUGCUGUAUGCAUGGAGACAGUCAGGGAGCUAGAGCGCAGGGUUGACGAGUGGGGAAAGGCACCGGCGCCUCCAGAGCCAGCUCCAGCACCGACCCAGCCACGCGAGCGGUUAUCUCAACCCCUCCGAGCCAACGAUGUUUUAGCCCCGCGACACGUCGCCAAAACUUCGUUGGUAACGAACACGGUUGCUCAGCUUGUGACAUCACCAGGCAGGACACCAGCUCAAGAUUGGGCGCCCGUGAUAAAGAGGAAGGCUGGUCAAGUGGCGGACCAAGUCCUGACUCAGCAGCAAAGGGAGGCGGUUCGACCCGAGGCAUUACAGGGCCAUUUGGGGACCCUUUCACUCCGAAUAAUGGCUCUACCCAUCGUUGGCCCCAUCUUUCAACAAAGCUUUGGCCGCCGUUUGGCAAAGGCGGUGCUGGGAUCCCCAUAUGCGGAGACCAGUGUGUACAUCAACGCAGCAUACGCGCUGUCACGGCUGGCAGUUCACAGCUUGGCCGAGGACAGAUACGGUAACGUGCAAAGGGACGUACCGACGAUUAUCCGAACAUUUACGACGGUUAUCAGAAAACUAGAGACAUUUCGAGACGGUUUCCCCACACAUUGGACGGACCUUGCGCAGAACCGGCAGUGUCCUGAAGUGUCUGAAGUGUUGAACGCUCUUAAAGAUGACCUCGCUGCUCUGGUGGAAGCCUUCGGGCCGUAUAGUGGUGAUCUCAGACUCAGCCGAGCUGACAUGAGGUUGGCGCGGGAAGCGUCGGACAGGCCACAAGAAAAAAGACAACCUGAAAUGCAGCAGGCGAGGUAGUGCCAAAAUAUUUGUAUGCAGGCCUUCAUGGCUCCAGAUUUUGUGCAAGGAUCGGUAUACAAAAAUCCUCCUACUCCAGAUAGCGAAUAGGAGUCAUACUUGGAGAGUACGAUGAAAAAUAAAGAAAUAUGUUAAUCAAUAAAAACAACUCAAACAGUGUACCAACAACUUAUAUCGCGCACAUUUUGUCCACUCUGCUACCUUUCUAGCUGACCUUUGAAUUCAGUACAUGGAUGCAUAUCGUAGAAGAGUAAUUAAAGCUUUGCAAUAGACCACUUGCCAUAUAUGAAUCGCUAGAGUGGUUUAUAUUCAUAUAUCAAUCGUGAGAUGCAGAACGGAAAAGGG